CAAAACAUGGACGACAGAAGUGUCUGUACUCCGCACCUUGCGGAGUCAGAGGCUCAAAAUAACACAACUAGUACCCCUAACGCGGCUUCUGCCACAGGUGCUGACAAAGUAAUAAACACUCAAACAGAUAGAGCCCAGGUUGAAGGAGACAAGAGUGAAGAGGAACUGCUGAAGAGUCUCCUCACGUACGACCACUGCCAUGUGUGUGAUGCUGCGCUGCUCUACGAAUCUCAGCGAGUGUCCCACUACGAGGGAAAGAAACAUGCUCAGAAACUCAGAGUGUACCUGCAGGCCAAGAGAACCGAGAAGAUCCAAGAGUCCACAAGACCCCAGCGUACCAUGACGAUGGAUAAGGACCAGUUCUGUGAGCUGUGCAACAUGGUGUUUAGUUCUCAAGUUGUGGCAAAAUCCCACUAUGAUGGAAAAGUCCAUGCCAAAAAUCUCCGCAAACAAGGUCUACAGCCCCCAGCUGUAGACAGGAUGCUCCCAGAGGUUGGUACGGAGCAUCUUCUGGACCCAACGGCCCCCAACACGGCACCGAAGAAGGAUGUUGAUCUGAAGGACCCCAACAAGUACUGCGCCCUGUGUGCCGCCUCCUUCAACAAUCCCCAGAUGGCGUUGCAGCACUACAAUGGACGCAAACACCAGAGGAAUCAGACCAGACAGGACCUGCUCAAAAACCUCGGAGACAAUGUCCAAGAAGCCGACUCCCUGAUGUGUCAGAUGUGUAGCAUUCAGUUUAACUCUGUGGAGAUGUACCAGGCCCACAUGCAGGGGAACAAACACCAGAUCAGGGAGAAGAAGGUGGUUCACCUCUGCAAAUCCCAACAGAAAGACUACAGCACGUUUGCGGAUGAACUGGCAGAUUUCAUUCAGGUUCAGAAAGCUCGUGGAAUCAAGCCCAAGGCCGGGCAAGUCACACAACAGGAGGAGGAGGAGGGUGAAGAAGAGGAAGCCUUAAACAAAGGGGAAAUAUUAGAACUGAAUAAACCCAGGCUCAACCCCCCUCCCAUCUCUCACCCUCCUCACCCCUCCCGCCCUGGGUGUCACGACACAGUUGAAGGGUGGCGUCCUCCGUAUCAGGGCCCCUCCUGGCUGUCCCAUGGCUGGGACUACAAACGGCCUCCUCAAGCCCUCCCAGGACCUCCUCUAGCCCUCCCAGGCCCUCCUCUCUUCUCCAGUCAGCCCACUAGGAAGAGGAGGCACAGAAAGCAGUCGAGCUCAUCCUCCUAUACUUCUUCAUCAUCUUCCUCCUCCUCUUAUAGCAGCAGCAGCAGUGACAGUGGUGACAGCGAACACCGGCGCAGAGAAAAGAGGAGGAUUAAAAGAUCCAGACGAGAGAGAGACAGGAGAGCAAGAGAUGAGGACUCAGAUAAGGACAAGAAGAGGAGGAAGCAGCAGCGGAGGAGAGAUGAUGACUCAGUGGAGGGGAGAAGGGAGGAUUCAGGAGGGUCGGGGGAAGAGAGGAGAAAGGGGAAAACUCCUGGCAAGCGGAGAAGACGGGAAAAUAAAUUAAAGGAGAAGGACCUCGAAGCGGAAGGAGGGGAAAGGGUGAUGGACAAAUUGACACCAGGAGACAUGAUGAACAACAGGAAAGAGACAGAGGAGCAUAUUCAGGCUGAAAUGAAUGUUGAGCAGGGGGAAGGAGGACAAGACACAUCCAAAGCUAAAUACAAUAAAAAAGAGAAGAAGAAAACUAAAGAGACAGCAGACACAAGGACAGAGGAGGAGAAGCUGUGGGACGACUCCAUCCUGGGCUGCUGACAUUUUAAGCAAAACACAGAAGUUAUAAAUAUUAGCAGUUUACAAAGCAGUGUUUACUUUCUACUCUGACAGUGUUGCUCUCCAUAGGUGUGCUAGCUGGCUAGCCAUGUUUAGCUCAUUUAUGUUUCGGUUAUUGUUUGAAGAAAAUUCUUACAGUUAUAAUACUUUAUUUUUCUCUAUGACACUAAAUUAUAUUGUUGAUUUAA